CAUAGCCCUGGGUAAUAAAGUUGAAUAUAAAGUUUGCAGCAGCAGCAGUGGCUAGUUAUUGAAUAACCAAGAGACCAGGAAAUAUGAUAUUCUCAUAAUAUCAUACCAUUAUCCAAGGCUGUAUCAAACUAGUGCUUGUGAUUACAUAACUGAUGUUUGUGCUGCUCCUCUUUCUGCAGACACAUUACAACAGCAGUGUUAAAAUACUCGGGCCUUUAGGCCUAAUGCAGCUUAUAUGACUGCCCUACCUCCCAUCCAGACAUUGCCCCCAUGCACACUCAGAGAUGACAGAACUAAUGAAUAAGUAAUCUAAGACCCAUAUACUCAGCCAUUACACUCAAAAGUACUACCAUGGGGGAAGGAUAAGUUGCAUUCUAGAAAUAGAAUGAAUGAGUAUGUUAAGUAAGUACAACAUGGUCAAAAUGAAACAGUCACUACCAACGCUAAAGACACUUCCCAUCUGUGUGGCCCAGUACCUGUGAAGUUACAUUUUCACUUUCUGUUCACAAUGCAUUUUGUGGUUUGAGUUGUUUUUAUAGGAAUAGUAUUUCAUUCAGUGUCAAACAGCUAGGCUAAGAUGGCUUGAAAAGCUUUAAUAUUGCAGAGCCAAUAAGUGUUAAUCAAUAACGGAGCAUGGCAUGCCUUUUAGCAACUGACUGGAUGUUCACUUUAAUUGUAACUAUAAAUGUAUAGCAUGUUGGGUGUAUUGACAAUGGUAGAAAUGUUCAUAGAACAAAAUUGAAUAUCUCAUGGGAAUUAUGAUAUUUUUUCCAUUUUUUUUCUCAGGUGAGGAACUGCAAACUCAUGUCUCUGUAGUAUAGACAAACUAUAUAUCCUUCACCUAACCUUAACCUAUAUUAGCCCAUAUUUUAACAUUACAUCAUAAUCUAAAAUUUAAGCAAUUUUCAGAUUUUUUGGUCCCCACAAAACAUGGUCCUCAUAAAGUAAAAUACAAAUUCUAGUCUCCAUAAUUUAAUGGAUACUCACCCACACAUGUGGAUGUCCAGCAAUCAGCAUUCAACAAAUUUGUGUUCCCAUUUCAACAAAUGGAAUCUGACCACAGAUGAGGGAGUGGGACCCAACUGUUCAGGCUUGGGUCCAUUGGUGCUUCUGUCUGCAAAAUGGAAGUGAAAAGCCAAAAAUAAACCUUAAACAUUAGAUAUGAUGCAUAAUAUGCAGUUAUAUGAUCUGAUCCUGACAGUGCCACACGGGGAGCAUUGGAGGAUUCAAACAUUUUGACUCUAUGAACCACAAUGACAUCAGCACCAAGCACCCUUCAUUUGUGUGAUCCUAUACCAUUAUUUUGUUGUGCUGCCCAUUAUGUAUUUUAUAAGCAAGGUUUAUAUCAGUCAUGUGGUGCGGUAGUCUUGUCUUUGGUAAAAUGUUCUUCUGUGAAACAGUCAUAUGAUCUUCUGGAGGGCUGUGGCAAUUAAUAAGACAAAAUAAAAGUUUAAUACAAAAUCUUUGAUCAAUCAAUAUGAGCAAAAAAAAGAAAACCCAGCCCUACAAUCUCAAUCCUUGUUUCUAUUUUGGCAAAAGCAAAAGAAAAGUCCAAGCCCCCUUUCUCUUCCUGGAGCUGAGGCCAAAUCAGGACUCCCUGUCCUGAGGCAGAGGAGUGCGAGCCAACUGUUGGCUGUAAAGUCACAAUGGACUUGUCAUCCUCCUCUCAGUGAAGUGGGAGGCUCACCAGAUCGCCACUGUCAUGGUGUGCUCUCUCACUUCUUUAGAGGCUUUAGAAACUCAUCUUUACACACCACAUUUAAAUUUAGAUUUUCUCUAUAACAAAGUGUACUUCAGGUGAAAGUCUUGGACUGGAGUCCAACAUUCCAAACCUAUUUCAAUUCCUAAUGACUUUGUAAUAACAAACCUUCUAUAACAAAUAGAGGGUGAUGAGAAAAUUUCUUUCUGCCAUAAUGCCUCUGCCCUGUGUCACAAGACUUGAAUUACUCAUGUGGGGAGCUGCAGUGUGCACACGUGGAUUGCCUCUGCCUGGGAAUACAUCAGAAUUCAGGAGGAUUUAAGACAAUGAUGUUAUCCUUAGCAUUUAUGAGGUAUGGCCAGGUUUAAGGUUUGGUUAUGUUCUGUAUAGUCAGAGUUUAUUCUUUGUAACUACAUCGCCUUAAUAAUUUCUUUUAUAUCAGUGACCAAAUGUGCUCCCUCUUCACUUUUGGAUCAGACUUACAUUAUAGUUUUAUAAAUGCAGAUAAUAGUGGGCUAAUCAAAAUAUGGUUGUAGUAUUUAUUUAACACCACUGAGCUACCAUUACCCAACUACACAGGCCUAAUUGACAUGUUCAUAAUGAGUAAAUUGGUGUUGCAACAGUUUGCAGCAAUUCCAUGUAGUAAUGGCACAUUAUGUUGUUUAACUCUAAUAGUCUACAGCAUGAGGUCAGACUUCUGGAGCCCCUUUUUAACUCUUGUUGAAAACAGGAUGUAGCAGUUGCUCAGAGCAUGAACAGGUGGCUGUCAGCGUGACUGGAGUUUCUGAUUUAAGCCUAACACUUGUGCCCCACUCUUCACUCCAUUAUUCCAUUCACACGAGAUCUCAAGACUUCGAUGGAAUACAUAUAACAAGGCUCCUCUGGAACUUUAGAAAUCACAUCUUUAUUUUCAUAAUAAUACUUUUACUGGUCCACACAGUGCUCUGAUAACUCAUUAUAUUUGGGAUUCACGUGGAAGGAAACAUGAUGCACCAUCAAUGUUUAGCUGUCCAUGGGGCUGAUUUGGAAACCAACUUUAAAAGGAGGUUGGAGGGCUGUCUUCAGACCUGGGCUGGACAUGAGGCCCCUCUGAGCUGGCUGCCUGCUCCUGUGGGGUGGUGACAGGAUGCCCGUGCAGGCAGCCCAGUGGACAGAGUUUCUGUCCUGUCCCAUAUGCUACAAUGAAUUUGAUAGCAGUGGUCACCAGCCCAUCAGCCUGGGCUGCUCCCAUACAGUGUGUAAGACCUGCUUACAUAAGCUGCACCGUAAGGCCUGUCCCUUUGACCAGACCCCCAUCAGCACUGACAUCGACCUGCUGCCUGUCAACUGUGCCCUGUUGCAGCUGGUCGGAGCUCCGGCACCAGAUGGAAGACCAUUAAGCUUGAGCAGUGCUGCAGAAGUGGGGCACUAUGAGGUGUGCAGUGAAUGUGUGGAGGAGCUGGCACUCUACCUAAAACCUAUUGCCGGUGUCAAAGGUGUUGCAAGCCCGAGUGUGCUGAGUCGGCCCAUGCAGAGGAAGCUGGUGACCCUAGUGAACUGUCAGCUGGUGGAGGAGGAGGGCCGGGUACGAGCAGUGAGGGCGGGCCGCUCUCUGGGGGAACGCACCGUGACAGAGCUCAUCCUGCAGCACCAGAACCCUCAGCAGCUCUCUGCAAACCUGUGGGCUGCUGUCAGGGCACGGGGCUGCCAGUUCCUCGGACCGGCUAUGCAGGAGGAUGCCCUGAAACUGGUUCUAUUGGCCCUAGAGGACGGCUCAGCUCUUUCCAGGAAAGUCUUGGUUUUGUUUGUGGUGCAGAAGCUGGAGGCCCGCUUUCCACAGGCCUCGAAAACCAGCAUCGGACAUGUGGUUCAGCUGCUCUACAGAGCUUCAUGUUUCAAGGUGACUAAGCGUGAUGAAGACUCAUCCCUGAUGCAGCUGAAGGAUGAGUUCCGAACUUACGAAGCACUCAGGAGAGAACAUGAUGCCCAAAUAGUACAUAUAGCCAUGGAAGCAGGCUUACGCAUUUCACCUGAGCAAUGGUCUUCACUCUUGUAUGGAGAUCUGGUUCACAAAUCACACAUGCAAUCCAUUAUUGAUAAGUUGCAGUCUCCAGAGUCAUUUGCCAAAAGUGUGCAGGAGUUGACAAUAGUUUUGCAAAGAACUGGAGAUCCAGCUAACCUAACCAGUCUUAGACCAAAUCUGGAGCUGCUCGCUAACAUAGACCACAACCCAGAUGCACCACCACCUUCAUGGGAGGAGUUGGAAAAUGUGAUGUUAGCUGUGAAACAAGUGGUUCAUGGACUUGUUGAAUUCAUACAGAAUUUUAGUAAGAAGAGCCAUGAUGCUCCACAGCCUCAGGCUAACAGCAAGUACAAGACCAGUAUGUGCAGAGAUCUACGUCAACAGGGAGGCUGCCCCCGAGGAACCAACUGUACAUUUGCACACACACAGGAUGAACUGGAGAAGUUUCGACUAAGGAACAAGAAAAGUGGCAGCCUAAAUCGUUCCCUCCACUUGGUGCAGGGGGUUAUGGGAAAGACUUUCACUGUUGAGGGCUCAGAUGUGACUGCUGUGGCUGAUCAGGGCUCGAAGGGCUUGGGAGACACUGCAGUAAUAGAGGGGGUACCAAACCUUACUCACCCUCAGCUCAUCUGCAGAGGGGCAGACAUGUUGGAAGACAUCAAAAGAGCAGUGCCAAAUGAAUCCACUGUGCCUAAUGGAUCCAGCGAGCUGUGUGCCACCACCAGGGCAUCGUCUGGAUCAGCAGAACAAAAAUCCAUGUCUCCUCCACAAACUCCUGUAAACCAUCCUUUGGCGUCUUCCCCACUGACCACUGCUGGAUGUGCUGAUGGUAAUUCCAAAGUGGCCAAACACAGUCCUUUUUUAACACGUGUACCACAUCCUUCUCAAGCCUCUGAGCUGUAUUACCAGGAUGCCCACUCACCUUAUGAUUCUCCCCAGUUUCAACAAGCAUCAGGCUCCUUUUAUCCCUCCACUCUUCAUGCCCCACACAAAACAUGCAUGACUCGAUUCCUUCGCUCCUCAAAUGUUCCAGAAUCCUCUCUGCCUCCUUCACUGGGCCCGCCACCAUCUUCCUUCCCCAGUGAUCUUCAGCCCUCACACCCACCCUCCUCUUCAUCCUCGGGGUACGCGCCACACCCACUUAGAGAGAGAAUGAGCCAUACUGCUUUCCAUGGCCACCCGGGUCAGCCUCAGUAUGGUCCCCUUGCUCCUGCCCAUGGUGUUUAUGCCCCUCUCUACGACAGCAGGAGGGUAUGGAGGCCACAGCUGUACCACAGAGAAGAUGCACGAAGCAACUCCCUCCCCCCAGAGGUGUUGCAUUCAACUGUCUAUCAGGCUCCACUAAGAGAGAGAUUUAACUCUUUAGACAGCAACUACUGCUCAGGAGCAGAGCACAGAGGGCUGCACAGGGACUAUGGCCGUGUUCCCCUGGGCUAUGAGGAUCUGUUCAGAAGGAAGCAGGAGCAGUGGGCACACCACCACCACCAUCAUAAUGCCAACCGACCAGCUCAGUCCUCCCCCAUCUUCACAGUCGACUUUGGAACAGAGCAUGUGGAGGGCAGUGGAAGUCCUUGUAUGGGCUGUCGCUUCAGUGGAGAGGAGAGUUUAGCACACUACUCUCCUUGGUCUUGUGGUUCCCUCGGCCCCUGCCUCAGCUCCUUUGAGCCUGACUCUCUCACACAUAUAUCAGCCCAAACCUGCUCCGAGCAUGUGGUGAGGAACUGUGUUUUAUGCUUUCUAACAUAAUCAUUGAUUUGUACUGCUUUAUUUGCAUAUGCUACAUUCUUUUUCCCUGUAGGAGUUGAAAAUAAUGAGAGUGGGUGCAGCGGUAAUGGUGUAGCAAAACCAUGGCUACAUUCAUUAGACCACUACCGUCGACUCAAAGAUGAAGAUCCAAUCAUUCCUUUCAGUGAGGGGCCCAUUAUCUCCAAGUGGGGAGCCAUAUCUCGAGCCUCUCGUACUGGCUAUCACACCACCGACCCGGUCCAAGCCACAGCCUGCCAGGCCAGUGCCAGUACCACUGCCAUUAAUUUCAGAGACUACAGUGCCCACUUGGACCAUAGUGACUACAGAUGGAACUCGAGAGGAUCAAACACUUCCAGCCAUUCAAGUUUUUUAGACAGUAAGCAACUUUGUUCUUCUGAUCUAAGAGGAAACCGAACUUCUAUUGGGACUGGGGAGAAGCUCUAUCAGACUGUGUAUGGUCUGGAUGAGGAGAGACCCUGUGAGAGUGAACCAGAGCCUGACCGGGACAUCGAGCUGGAACUAUGUGCUCUUGACAUGGAUGACUCAGACCAGCAGGAUGUCAAAUCACAGGACAGUGAGUCCAUAGACCUUGCCUCCCCUCGGGCUGACGAGACUUCCCAGCACCUCCUGUCUCCUUCCUGCCCCUCACCACUGCUCACGUCAACAGCAGAGGAACGGCUGGAAGCUGACACAUCUUUACCUGACAAGAUGGACAUUAAUUUGCUAAAAAAGAUGGCCUUCAGGAAGUCAGUUUCUCCUGGUGGAAUAGUAUCAGGAGGUUUGGCUGUGGGAAAAUUAGUACUCCGAACAGGACCUUCCCAUUUGGGUGACAGUUCUUCCUGUGCUUGUUCUGAAAUGCCAGCGACUACUGCAGUACUGCUCAAUGGAAGUUAAAAGUUUAAAAAUUCAAACACUGCAUAGGAUCCAAAUAUGUAGCCUAGCUAAUAAACCCCAAUCUCUAAGUACUUAAAAGAUUUUGAACAUUUUACAUCCUGCUUAAAAUACACUCUAUUCUGUCCAAAUACUUGUAUAAUAUAGAACAAAUGUCUAUAUUGACAUUACAAUAGUAACCUGCCUAUUACCACUUGAUGAAAGCUAGCUUCCCUCUCUUCCUUCCCAUCUUGCACUAGUUAUACAAAUAAAACAUGUCAAACUACACUAGUAGUAUUGCUGCUCUAUGCUAUUCAUAUAAUAUAUAUAUAUACAGGUAUAGUAUUUUUAUAGCUAUUCACAUCAGUUCUUACAUAAUGGUGAUAUCAAAGAAGUAGCAGUUUCUUUGAUGUUCUGUUAAAAUAUUAAGACUAAUCCCUUAAAUCGACAACUUUUAUUUUCAUAGUGAAGCGCUUCUCUCUUUGCGAAUCAUAUGAUGUUCUAACUGCCUCUGCAGUCAUGGGACCAAGCUGUUGGGACCAUUUUGACUAUAUUUACAAAUUAAGUAAGGUGUUAACUAGAGCUGUAAGAUAACUAAUGUUCUUUUAGAAAACAAUUAUUCAAUGAUUAUACUAGUUAUAUGCCAUUGGUUUUCUGUUAAAAGUAACUGAAUUCAGCAAAUAUGUUUGCUCCAGCUUCACAGUUACUUUGUGAAUUUAUGACAAUUGACAAUUUAUGGCAAACAGAAAAUAUUCAAGAUCCUGAACAAAUUUUUAUUAAGUGAAUUGUUUUUUGUUUUUGUUUUAUAACCAUUUUCAUCCCACAAAAACUAUUUUUGCGUGUGCUUUGCUAACUUCUGUGAAGUUGUUUGUAAGUAUUUUUGUAUCAGGAUAUUAUUGUGUCUUCAAGAUUUAAAUCACUUCAGUGAACCAUUUUUUCAUAUACUUCCAUAUGUUUGCUUCUACUUAUAGGGAUCUCAAAGCCCUGCUGUUUUAGACACAGCUUACUUUGUACUGUACAAUCAGUUUUCAAGCAGCCCAACCUGAUUCUUUUCAUAGAAAAUACACUCCUUAGUCAUAAUGACUUAAAUUAAUAGUUUCAAAGAUUUAAGAAAAUAUAUUUAUACUAUAGAAGUCUACUUUUUAUUUUGAAAGAAAUUUCCAUGCAUUUUACAGGUGAUCUUAUAUACCAUAUAGUUCAUUUCCAUUUGGCGAAAACUACAUUUGCAUCUGUUUACAACUAACAUGAAGUGCCAUGAGAUGUACAGUUUGACUGUAUGGUUUCUGCCUUGCACUGCCCCUUACUUUGACUGACUCACCUGGAAAAAUGCAAAGAAUGAAACUGAGUCAAACUUAGCAGUUCAGUGCAAUUGUGCUUUUCUCCAGUAGAGGCUGCUAGAUCCAUGUGUGCGCAAGUUGCUCAGGGAAGAUCGGGGAGAUGUUAUUACAACAAUUUUUUACCUAUUGGGGAUUUAAUUCACUGUAUUUUUAUUGCUUGAAUGAGUAUUUUCAGUGUUUUGAUUAUCUAAAUGUUUAUUAUAAACCCAACUGUUUUGUUGUACCAGCAUUGUAGGUGUGAAGUAACUGUACUGCUGCCUGCACUGGUAACUGCACCGCAUUCUUUGCCACCACUUCACUGGCAGAGUGUGCAAGCCCACCUUGUCCCAGCACCUUCCCAUAAUUGCUCUGUUAUCAUGCAUGCCAUAGCCCCUCUUGUGAUGGUGGAGGAGUAUUGAUGACUUUGUAGUUGUGAUACAACACACCCAGCGCUGUAAGAGUUCUGCACAUGCCCACUGUGUGGCCACGUUAAUGCUCAAUUUUGCCUGCAGCAUUAUUAUUGUUUGCUGAAAUAUAUGAAUUAUACUAGUAUUGUUAUUACCACAUUUGAUUGCUGUUGUGGUACAGUCAUUUUGUUGAUUGUGAAAAAAAGACUGAAAUAAUGUUUUAUGACUUCAUGUCUGUAUUAGACAUUUAUUUUGUAAAUCUAUUGCUCAAUGGAUAUGUAGGCAAAGUGAAUUAAGAGAUGGUACACAACCGUCAUUUGUAAACAGUCUGGCACCAUCAUUAGAUGGACUUAUAGUAUUGUUGCAUUUAUAAAACGUGUGAGAAUAAGAUGUUAUAGCCUAUAUUUAAAUGUGUUCAAUGAAUUGGGCAGCUGUAUAGUAUUUUUACUAUGAGGAAGGAGAUAGCAAGCUCCAGUAAUGAAUAAUACUGUUAUGUAUUCAAUUUAUUUCCUUGGAAAUACACAUGUGAAAGGUUUGCCUUUUACUUAUAUUAUAAUACCAAAUUAUAGCAAGAUGUUUGUGCUUUUAAUAAUUGAUGAAUUGUACAAUAUUUGGAUGAUUUGUUGAUUCUGUGUUUAUAAUGGAUUACUUACUUGUGUUAUACUGUUUACUUACUUGUGUUAUACCAACAGUAUGCCCAUGAGGCAUCUUGUUAUUAUUGCAUUGCUCUUGGAACAGUAAACAUGACAGUGAGGAAUUAAGCAUACAAAAUUGCAUGCUACAAUAAACCAGUACAAAUCA